UUGCAGCAGAACAUGAAGGACCGCAAAAUAAACAAGAAAAGAAAUUAAAUCAAUUAUACAUAGAAGCAGCACAAAGAGAAAUAGAUCAAUUAGAGAUCAAGAAGCAAGGUCAAAUCACCCAAAAUAGAAACAUUCAUAAAGACACAAUUAUCACAACUAGACUAAACAGUAUGAAAACAAAUUAUAAAUAUGUUUCCCAAUUAAUGAAGCAACAAACUGAUAAACACAUACAAAAAAUCAAAAGUGUCACAAAUAAGAAAAUCUACGAAGCAGAAACUGCAGAAAAUAAGAAAACUUAUCUAUAUAAAGUAAUAUCUGUAUUAACAGAAACAAAAGAUGCUAUUCUCUGGAAGAAUAGAAAUCUAGUAAAAGAUAUAGAAGAAGACUACGAAUAUGCAACAAAUACUGCAUUAAACUUAGACAGAAAAGACUUUGAAGAAAUGCAAGAAUGGGAACAAUGA